AUGUCCCCCGACCACAACCCAAAGCCUAUCAACCUCCUUCGAUACCAUCGUCCAAAGAUUAGCCUCAGCGAUGUCAAACAAAUUCCUCCUUUGAGCCAGCUCUCGAAACAAUGUCUACGGAACUUAGUUUCGUAUCGAUUGCCGAAGCCUAAAUUUGCAUUCCCUCGAUCGCGUUGUGCCGCUGUGCUCGUUGCUCUAUUUGUUGGCCGUCACGGGGACUUGUACGUGCUGCUGAGCAGAAGGUCGGCCACGCUCAGGUCGUAUGCGGGGGAUACGUCUUUGCCGGGUGGAAAGGUCGAUCUAGGGGACAGGACGUUCGAAGACACUGCUCGGCGCGAAGCAUUCGAAGAGAUUGGCCUACCGCGCGAUCGAGCGAAAGUACCACUUCUCUGCGUCCUCGAGCCCUUCUUAGCUUCUGAUCAACUUCUCGUAACUCCAGUGGUUGUCCUCAUCCUCGACAACACCCUUCGACCAAUCCUCAACAAGGCGGAAGUCGCGUCGCUGUUUUCCCAUCCUCUGCACUCGUUCCUUUCGUCUAAAUCCCCCUUUCCUCACGAACCCGAAUCCUUCGAACUCUCUUCUCCCCACGCAUCUGACGCAGAGGGCUAUCACACAUCUUUCGACAUCGAAUGGACUGGGAGCGGUGUGAACGAAGGGUACGCCCAAAGAUACGUCCGCAUCCACAGCUUCUUGACAGGUAGAGAGGCUGGCGGGACGAAGCCCGUCUUCGGCCUUACUGCCUGGAUGCUCAUUCACGCUGCUGCCAUCGGAUAUAAUCAACGCCCGUCGUUCGAGUUGAACCCACCAUCUGGCGCGCCGAGUACGGAAGCGCGAAUAGCAUAUGCCAUGCUCACAGGAGCGGCUUUGCAAGAAUCCUGUCGACUCGAAGGCAUCAAAGUAGACCGCGCGUUCCUUUGGUCGAUCGUCGAAAAGAAUCGUGUCAAGAGACGCGCCGACCAGAAGGAAGACAGAAGAAUAAGUACGAGUAGCAUCCGAGAGGGGUUUUUGCGACAUGGACUAAUGAAGGAAGGACACCCACCUCGGUGGAAGAGCAAGUUAUAA